AUGUUUGGUUAUAUCAGGAAUCGUGAGCACUUGUGCCACUGUUGAACCUUCAUAUACAGGAGAGAGAGAGAGAGGCAGGACAGUAACAAACAGACAACACAGCUGGUGUCUGCAGACGGGACAAGAGGUAGAGCUGCUUGCAACAAUAACAGCAACAUCCAAACAGUGGACUGACAUUGGACAUACAUGAUUUUCUCUGUGCAUUCUUGCACGAGAUGUGCAAAAAGUAAGUGACCUACAAUCUUUUGGCAAUCAAGAGGUGUUAAUGUGUUGAGUGUUUAGGAAAGGGGGGAUUGAAAGGAUUAGUAGAGAUUAAAGUUAUACUUGACAGUAUGGCAGUAGCUAAUCCCUGCCUACAGAAGGAGUGGGAUGAAUGGAAGAAAGAUACGCAGGAAAAAAGGAGGAGGAAAUGGAGGGAGAGGGUGAAUCUUUGGGGAAAAGUGGAGGUGAAUGAGGAGGAGGAGGAAGAAGAGGAGGAUGAUGGGAAAGAAAACGAGGAGGACACAGACAGUGAGGAAGUGAGUGAAGAGGAGAGGGAGGAGGAAAAUGAAGCUGGUUGGAAGGGAGAAAAAGAGGAAAAGCUGGAGGAAGGGAGUGAACAGGAAGAAGAAGGGCAGGAGAAGAAAAUAAACAGGGAAAAAAAGGACAAGGCGAAGGAAGCACACAACACAGAGAAAGAGGAGGAAAAGGGAGAAAAUGAAAGAGAGAGGAAUGUUAAGGAGAACAAGGAAAUGGAUUCAGAGGCGGAGAGGGAGGUGACGGAGGCAGAGGAAAUGGAGGAAGGGGAAGAGAAAAUGUUAAAGAGGGAGGAGGUGGAGGAGAAGAGGGUGAGGGAAGCAGAGGAACUGGAUGAAGGGGAGGAAGUGGGAGAAAAUGAGGUAGAGAGAGAGGUUAAGGUCAACAAGGAGGUGAAUGAGGAGGAAGUGAAGGAAGUGGAGAAACUGGAGGAAGGGGAAGAAGUGGGGGAAAAUGAGGUAGAGAGAGAGGUUAAGGUGAACAUGGAGGUGGAGGUGGAGGAGGAGGAGGAGGUGGAGGAGGAGGAGAGGGAAGUGAAGGAAGUUGAGGAACUAGAGGAAGGGAAGAAAGGUAAAGAAAAUGAGUUUGAUAGGGAGGUCAAUGAGAAUGAGGAAGUGGAAGAUGAGGAAGGGAAGGAAGUGAUGCAAGGAGAAAUUGUUGCGAUUGGGGUUGAGGGGGAGGUUAGGGAGAAUGAGGAGAUGGUUGAGAGAGAGAGGGGGGACACAGAAUCAGAGCAAUGGGAGGAAGAUGGAGAAUCAGAGGAAGAGGUAGAGAUUAAGGUGAACAAGGAGGAGGAGGAGGAGGAGGAGGAGGAUGAAGACAGGGAAGUGACAGAACAAGAGCAGGUAGGGGAAGAUGAUGAUGGGAAAGACGAGCAACCGGAGCAGGAGCAAAUUGAACAUUACGACCCUAGAAUGCAGUUUAGAGAAUACAUAAACGAAAGGGGGAUUGAGGACGAACAUGCUCAGCAAAACCGAGAGAGCGUAGCACAAGAAGAUGGAACAGUAAAAGAAGAAGACAUUUUUUCAGAUUCAGUCGAGCCCGAUGAUGAAGAUUCUGACUGGAUGGAAUCUGAGGAUGAAAGCUUCAAGUCAGAGAGAAAGAACGAAGAGAGAGCUACUGAAGAACAAUGCAAUGAUCCCAGGGAACUGGACAAUCUUGAUGAAAAGUCAACGAGGAAUGAAAAUAGCACAUUAGGAGCGUGGACUUCGAAGGAAAGACGACAAGAGGAAGACGAGAGUGAGAAGCCUACAUAUGAGGAAGAAACAGUUGCAGAAUCUUUGACAACUCACGUAGAAGAGUUUCAAGACUGUCAAGAAAAACUUCAAGAGGAAGAGGAAGACUCUACAGAUGACGAAGAUGCAGAAUAUUCAAUGUAUGAAGAUGUGGAUAGUAAUGAAGAUGUGGUAAAGAUUUACUGCAAAGAUGAUUACCCUACGGACAUAUUCUGCACUCUGAAAGAGUUUAGGGACUCUUCCCUUCUCACCGACCUAACUUUGAGCACAGAAGAUGGGAAGAGUUUCCAUGUCCAUUCCCCUGUUCUGGCUGCUGUCAGCUCCUUUAUCUGGGAAGGCCUGAGUAGAAACAAUAUAGAAAAUGAUAGAGUUGAUGAAAGAAAAGAUGAUGGCACAAGAGUUGGAACCAAUACGUGGUCACUGUCCCUGGGUUCAGCGGUAGAUCAUGUUGGAUUAGAGGCAGUUGUGGAGUUUGCCUAUUCUGGACUUAUAUCUUGUCUGACCAAGGACACCGUGGAACAGAUAAAGGCAGCAGCUCAAAAGCUUGGCGUUCCCAGGGUGCUGGAUCUCUGCACCGAGGAAGAGUCCACAAAAACUGAAGGUCAGAAGAACAAAGAAAGGAUCUCUGCUGCAGAACAAAUGAUGAUCAGUCUUCAGUCCAUCAAACAGUUGUGGAUGGACAAGGUGGGCUGUGAUGUUAUUUUGGAAGCUAUUGGAGACUCGCUGCAUGUCCACAGAGUAAUCCUAGCCGCAAGUAGUGACUACUUCCGUGGCAUGUUCACGUUGGGGAUGAGGGAGUCGCAUCAGACUUGUGUGACUCUCCCCUUCCUCUUGGCCUCAGAGCUGGAGGUUCUGAUCGGCUGCUCCUACAGCGGGACUCUGCCCCUCAGCUGGAGGUGUGUCUUUGAGAUCACUAGUACCACUCUCCAACUCCAGUACCAACCUGCCCUCUCCUUGUGCCUAAACUUCAUGCAACAAGAAAUUAAUCCCCACUCCUGCCUGGAUGUGGCAUCUUUUGCUCAGGCUUACGAGAUGGUGCAGCUUCUCGAAGUUGCGGAUGAUUUUGUCUUGCGACAGUUCCAAAAGGUAGCAUGCACCUUAAAGUUCAAGGACCUGCCAGCCAAAAACCUCCUCAGGUACUUGAACAGUCACUCACUCUGUGUUCCAUCUGAACUUGUUGUAUUCAAAGCAGUGGUGGCAUGGAUUCAAGCUAAGCCCAAGAAAAGGCUUAAACUUGCUAAGGAAUUGAUGAAAACUAUUCACUUUCCCUUGAUGACAUUCAAGGAAUUCAAAGAGGUUCAGUCUCUGAAUAUGUGGUCGGAUCACAGCCUGGUCGAGCUCUAUGAAGCAGUUUUUGAGGAUUUCUGCUCCAAUGACACAGCACCACAGAGUCAGUGCCGCAUCUACCUGCCAAAAGAGAGUCUGGUCCUGAUUGGAGGUGACCGGAUCUCUGAAGAUCUGGGUAGCCGCAGCAUCAGCAAAGAACUCUGGUUUGGGAAUUCCCUGAGGAACCAUACAGGGAUAAAAAAGAACAUGGAGUGGAGAAAGUUGGGAGAAAUGCCAGAGCCCGCGAGGUUCGGUCAUGAGGUGGCGGUGCUCAAAGGACAACUGUACGUGUUUGGUGGGAAGAGGUAUUAUGGAGUUGGUGACACCCUGAAUUCUGUUUACAGGUAUGACCUCCAUCAAAACAGCUGGGAGAGCCUGGCUGAAAUGCACGAAAAGAGAUGCGCUUUCUCUGUGGUUGUGCUAGAUGGAAAGAUAUAUGCCAUCGGUGGACACUGUGACCCUGAGUAUAUUGAUAGUGUGGAACGAUACUGCCCCACUGCAAACUCUUGGAGCUUUACCUGGCCCAUAGAUCUGCCUCUCGGCGGGCAUGUUGCAAAAAUUUUACAAGGACAGAUCUUUGUCUCAGGAGGGCUGAACAGCGACUACCGUUGUCUUGCAUCCAUGUUUCUCUACCACCCAGAGACCGGGAGCACCUAUCUGGCAGACAUGACUAAACCUCGGGCUCAUCACUGCAUGGAGGCCCUGGGUGACCGUCUUUAUGUAGCAGGUGGAAUCACCACAGAUAAUAACAACACCAUUGUUGACCAGCUAGCCUGCGAGGUGUACAAUCCUUCAGCUGACUCCUGGACUGCCUUAGCAUGUCUAAAUGUGCCACAUGUUGGAGCAGGAAGUGCAGUUUUGGAGGGAAAGUUUUAUGUGCUGGGUGGAUACAGCCAGGAGGACUACAGUGACACUAAAAUGGUCCACCGUUAUGAUCCCGCCACAGAGAGAUGGGAGAAUAUGGGCAAGAUGCCUGGGCCAAACAGUGACAUACGAGCAGCUCUGCUGUGUUUGCCAUCACAUUUCCGAUUGUGAUGUGAAGAGAUCCAGUAUGUCACUUAUAGUUUUUAAGGUUUAAUGAUGCUGAAUUUCAUGUUACUUAAUCCAUGUUAAUUACAGCAUUAUUUUUGUAAUUUUGCAAACAUUCUUCCAUUGUAGAUGAGGGACGGAUAGGUAUGUACAAUAAUCAUGUCUCACAAUAUCUUGAUUGAGAUAAAUGUAUCUUUUAUUUUAGGGAUGCCAAAUGUAGGAUAUCUAUGAAUUGUAGUGUAUUUUUGGUGCUAUUAAUUUAACUAAACUGUUAAAUGUGCUGUAAUUAAAUUUUAUAAGUUUUAGUUAGGGAUGGAGUGAUAAUUAAUUCCUUAAUAAAACAUAUUAUAUUUAGUAUUUUAUGUAGUUAUUAGUGUAUGUACUCAUUACUGCAAUAACCAAAUAUGACCACAGGAGAGAGCUGUCCCACUUGUGUUCAUAGUUGCCAUAGUUUUAGUGAAAGGCUGGUGAACACAUUUGUCAUUGCUGAAGGUGCAGACAGAGACAUCCGAGAGAGGAAAAUAGACAAUGUAUUGAGUUUAUUGUUUUGCAUUAAUUAUUCUGAAGGUUCACACAUACAUACUUCUAAUAAAAAUUUACCUAAACAUUUAAAACAUGUAUCGAGCCACUCUAGUUUUGGAUAGAACCAAAAUACAAAUAUAUGUCUGAUCAUCUACAUUGGGAAGAGGAGAAACCCACUGAAGGUUGUGUGUCCAUUCAGGUUAUCAAACACUCUGCCGUUAUCCCACAGCUCCAUGUGCACAGUAUCUCCAGCAGCCAGCUGCAGAACAACAGCGUUACUGCUACUGUCUGAGCCGUCUACUGAAGGGUCAUCAUAGGUUGAAAUCUGACGGACAGCAUUCUUCAUUAAUAUGGCCCCCACUAUAUGAGUGUUGUAGCCAUAGGAACUGAAGCUAAAGUAGUAGAGACCAUUUACUGGUGCUGUGAAGAUGCCUGUAACACACCAAAGACAAGCAGAUGCAAGAUGAAUCACUGAAAUCACAAAUAGAUUUAUGAUUUACUUCUUAAAUAUUUCUGAGAGAAGAGCUACUGGAGGAAAACAUUGCGGGGAGAACCCAAUGAAUUAUGGCUUUUCAGGACCUGGGUUAACUAACAGGGAACUCAAAAAUAAAGUAUUACAACUGAAA